GCGCAAAGUAUGCGCUCAGUCAGUUGCGCGCCGAUCAAGCGUGUGGACGGGUUCGUGUAGAUCGUUAUCGGUGGUUUUUGGUGUACAUCGGCUAGUUUUUAUGCGAGCACUGGAAUAAAACGUCGGUGUCGUAGGGUAUCCUUGCGAGAAGGAGCGCCCUUGCGCGAAGGGUAAGAGAGACAGAAGUGAGCUGUUGGUCCGAUCGAGAAAAUGACGACCGACAUCUCGGUAGUGCGCGGGGGUUGGGACCCCACGUUACAACAAGAGAUCGUCGAUGAGUACGAAUACGACGGAGGAAACUCGAGCUCGAGGCUUUUCGAACGUUCACGGAUCAAAGCUUUAGCCGGUGAACGCGAAUUGGUACAGAAGAAAACCUUCCAAAAAUGGGUCAACUCCCAUUUGGUUCGGUGUUCCUGCCGAAUCGGCGAUCUGUACGUCGACCUCCGAGAUGGCAAGAUGCUCAUCAAGCUCCUCGAGAUCCUGUCCGGGGAACGCUUGCCACGACCGACCAAGGGGAAAAUGCGGAUUCAUUGUUUGGAGAACGUCGACAAAGCGUUGCAAUUUCUGCGGGAACAGCGAGUGCAUUUAGAGAACAUGGGAUCCCACGACAUAGUCGAUGGAAAUCCGCGUUUGAGCCUCGGCCUCAUCUGGACCAUAAUCCUGCGGUUCCAGAUCCAGGACAUCACGAUCGAAGAAACGGACAAUCAAGAGACAAAGUCGGCCAAGGACGCCCUCCUGCUCUGGUGUCAGAUGAAAACCGCCGGUUAUCACAACGUAAACGUGAGAAACUUCACCACGUCCUGGCGCGACGGGCUUGCUUUCAACGCGAUCAUUCACAAACAUCGACCGGACUUGAUCCAGUUCGACAAACUGUCCAAAUCGAACGCUAUUUACAACUUGAACAACGCGUUCAACGUGGCCGAGGACAAGCUCGGGCUCACGAAACUUUUGGACGCCGAAGACAUAUUCGUCGACCAUCCGGACGAGAAAUCGAUCAUCACUUACGUCGUCACUUAUUACCAUUACUUCUCCAAGAUGAAGCAGGAGACCGUGCAGGGUAAGAGGAUAGGCAAGGUGGUCGGCAUCGCUAUGGAGAACGAUCGCAUGAUACACGAAUACGAGAGCUUGACCAGCGAUCUUCUGCGUUGGAUAGAAGGCACUAUAGAGGCUCUGGGUGAUCGCCGAUUCGCCAAUUCCUUGGUAGGAGUCCAGUCGCAACUCUCCCAAUUCUCCAACUACCGUACCGUCGAGAAACCCCCAAAGUUCGUCGAGAAAGGUAACCUGGAAGUGUUGCUGUUCACGUUGCAAUCUAAGAUGCGAGCCAACAACCAAAAACCGUACACGCCGAAGGAGGGAAAGAUGAUAUCCGACAUCAAUAAGGCGUGGGAGAGGCUGGAGAAAGCGGAACACGAACGCGAGUUGGCCCUGCGCGAAGAGUUGAUCAGACAGGAGAAGCUGGAGCAACUGGCGGCGAGGUUCAAUCGAAAGGCCAGCAUGCGUGAGACCUGGCUGUCGGAGAAUCAACGUCUCGUUUCUCAGGACAACUUCGGCUUCGAUUUGGCCGCGGUCGAGGCCGCGGCGAAGAAGCACGAGGCCAUCGAGACGGACAUCUUCGCCUACGAGGAACGAGUCCAGGCUGUGAUGGCUGUUUCUCAAGAAUUGGAAGCCGAGAACUACCACGACAUCGAACGCAUCAACGCUCGCAAAGAGAACGUUCUACGAUUGUGGAACUACCUGUUGGAUCUGCUUCGCGCCAGGCGUGUGAGGCUGGAGCUGUCUCUGCAACUGCAACAGAACUUCCAGGAGAUGUUGUACAUCCUGGACAGCAUGGAGGAGAUCAAGAUGCGCCUGUUGACCGACGAUUACGGUAAGCACCUGAUGGGCGUCGAGGACCUUCUGCAGAAACAUUCUCUGGUCGAGGCCGAUAUCAACGUCCUCGGCGAGAGGGUAAAAGCUGUCGUCCAGCAAAGCCAGAGAUUCUUGGAACACGGCGGGGAGGGAUACCGACCGUGCGACCCGGCCAUUAUCGUCGAGCGCGUGCAACAGCUCGAAGACGCGUACGCCGAACUAGUGCGUCUGGCCGUCGAGCGCAGAGCCAGGUUGGAGGAGUCCCGUAAACUGUGGCAGUUCUACUGGGACAUGGCCGACGAAGAGAACUGGAUAAAGGAGAAAGAGCAGAUCGUGUCCACCGGGGACAUCGGCCACGACUUGACCACUAUAAACUUGCUGUUGUCGAAGCACAAGGCGUUGGAGAACGAGAUACAGUCGCACGAGCCGCAGCUGAUGUCCGUGGCCGCUGCCGGUGACGAGCUCGUGCGUCAGAAACAUUUCGGAUCCGACAGGAUCCAGGAGAGGCUCCGAGAGAUAUUGGGAAUGUGGAAUCAUCUGUUGGACUUGGCCGCGUUCAGAAGAAAGAGGCUGGAAGAGGCCGUGGAUUAUCAUCAACUGUUCGCGGACGCGGACGACAUCGAUAUUUGGAUGCUGGACACGUUGCGGCUCGUAUCGUCCGAAGACGUCGGCAGGGACGAAGCGAACGUUCAGUCGUUGUUGAAGAAGCAUAAAGACGUCACCGACGAGCUCAAGAACUAUGCCGCCAUCAUCGAUCAGCUUCACCAACAGGUCUCCGCCCUCGGCGAACAGGACGCCAAGUCGCCGGAAGUGUUGGAGAGGCUGGCGUCCAUCGACUCGAGGUACAAGGAGCUCAUGGAACUCGCGAAACUACGCAAACAGAGAUUGUUGGACGCGUUGUCGUUGUACAAGCUGUUCAGUGAGUCGGACGGUGUGGAGCAAUGGAUCGGCGAGAAGAAUCGCAUGCUGGAGACCAUGGUGCCGGCCAAGGAUAUCGAGGACGUCGAAAUCAUGAAGCACAGGUACAACGGUUUCGAGAAGGAGAUGUAUGCGAACGCGUCGCGAGUCGCCGUCGUUAAUCAAUUAGCGAGGCAGCUGCUGCACGUCGAGCAUCCCAAUUCCGAGCAGAUCGUGGCCCGUCAGAACGAGCUGAAUCAGAAAUGGGCCGAACUACGGGAGAAAGCGGAGAACAAGCGCGACGAAUUGAACUCUGCGCACGGCGUGCAAACUUUCCAUAUCGAGUGCCGCGAGACGGUGUCCUGGAUCGAGGACAAGAAGCGUAUUCUCCAGCAGACGGACAGCCUGGAGAUGGAUCUGACCGGAGUGAUGACACUGCAGCGUCGACUGAGCGGCAUGGAGCGCGACUUAGCGGCCAUCCAAGCGAAAUUAGACGCUUUGGAGCAGGAGGCGCAGAACAUUCAGCAACAGAAUUUGGAGGAUCCCGAGGUGAUCAAGGGGAGGAUCGAUCAGAUACAGACUAUUUGGGAACAGUUGACACAGAUGUUGAAGGAGCGCGACGCGAAACUGGAGGAGGCCGGCGAUCUUCACAGAUUCCUCAGAGAUCUGGAUCACUUCCAGGCUUGGCUGACCAAGACGCAGACCGACGUGGCCAGCGAGGACACGCCGACCACGUUGACCGACGCCGAGAAACUAUUGACGCAACAUCAGAAUAUCAAGGAGGAGAUCGACAACUAUACCGACGACUAUCAGAAGAUGAUGGAGUACGGCGAACGGCUGACCAGCGAGGCCGGUGACGGUGACACGCAGUACAUGUUCCUCAGGGAGAGGUUGAACGCAUUGAAGCGCGGCUGGGAAGAAUUGCAUCAGAUGUGGGUCAACAGGCAGUUGUUGUUAUCGAAUUCGUUGAAUCUGCAGAUAUUCGAUCGCGACGCUCGCCAGGCAGAGGUGCUUUUGUCUCAGCAAGAGCACAUUCUCGCCAAGGACGAGACGCCGGCGAACUUCGAGCAGGCCGAGCACAUGAUAAAGCGGCACGAGGCGUUCAUGACCACGAUGGACGCGAACGACGAAAAGAUCAACUCUGUGGUGCAGUUCGCCGGACGACUGGUCGACGAGGGUCACUUCGCGGCGGACAAAGUCAGGAAGAAGGCGGAGAGCAUCAAUGAGCGUCGCCGUGUCAACCGCGAGAAGGCGAACCGGUGCAUGGAGAGGCUCAAGGAUCAAUUGCAGUUGCAAAUGUUCCUGCAGGACUGCGAGGAGCUGGCCGAGUGGGUCCAGGAGAAGCAUAUCACCGCUCAGGACGAGACUUACAGAAGCGCGAAGACGGUGCACAGCAAGUGGACCAGGCAUCAAGCGUUCGAGGCCGAGAUCGCCAGCAACAAGGAUCGCCUGCAGCAGUUGCAGCAGGCCGCCGAGGAAUUGAUACAACAGAAACCCGACCUGGCCGAGAUAGUCAAGCCCAAGGUGGCGGAGUUGGCGGAUCAGUUCGAGGAGCUGGAGACUACGACUCACGACAAGGGCGAACGGCUGUUCGACGCGAAUCGCGAGGUUCUCAUUCAUCAGACCUGCGACGACAUCGAUUCCUGGAUGAACGAGCUCGAGAAACAGAUAGAGAGCACGGACACUGGCUCCGACUUGGCGUCGGUGAACAUCUUGAUGCAGAAACAACAAAUGAUCGAAACUCAGAUGGCCGUGAAAGCGAGACAGGUCACCGAGCUGGAUAAACAGGCCGAGCAUUUACAGCGCACGGUGCCCGACGAUAAGAUGCACGAGAUCAAGUGUAAGAAGGAGAAGGUCGCGCAGAGGUUCGAGCAACUGAAGGCGCCGUUGAUCGACCGGCAACGUCACUUGGAGAAGAAGAAGGAGGCCUUCCAGUUCAGACGCGACGUGGAGGACGAGAAGCUGUGGAUCGGCGAGAAGAUGCCACAGGCGACCAGCACGGAAUACGGCAACUCCUUGUUCAACGUUCACACGUUGAAGAAGAAGAAUCAAUCGCUCCGCACGGAGAUAGAGAACCACGAGCCGAGGAUCAAUCUAGUGUGCAACAACGGACAGAAGCUUAUCGACGAGGGCCACGAGGACAGUCCCGAGUUCCAGACAUUGAUAUCUGAACUGACGGAGAAGUGGCGGGAGCUGAAAGACGCGGUGGACGACAGGAACAAACAUCUGUUGCAGAACGAGAAGGCGCAGCAGUACUUCUUCGACGCGACCGAGGCGGAAUCCUGGAUGAGCGAGCAAGAGUUGUACAUGAUGGUGGAAGAUCGCGGCAAAGACGAGAUCUCGGCGCAGAACCUUAUGAAGAAACACGAGUCCCUGGAGCACGCCGUGGAAGAUUACGCGGAGACCAUCCGUCAGCUCGGUGAAACGUCUAGGCAACUGAUCAACGACCAACGACACCCUCUCGCCGACCAGAUCGCCGUGAAGCAAUCGCAGGUGGACAAACUGUACGCCGGCUUGAAGGAUCUGGCCGGCGAACGCCGUGCGAAACUCGACGAGGCCCUACAAUUGUUCAUGCUGAACAGAGAAGUCGACGAUCUGGAGCAAUGGAUCGCGGAGAGAGAAGUGGUAGCCGGUAGCCACGAACUCGGCCAGGAUUACGAUCAUGUGACUCUGCUCUGGGAGAGAUUCAAGGAGUUCGCCAGAGACACCGAGGCGAUAGGAUCGGAGAGGGUCGCCGCGGUGAACGGGAUCGCGGACUCUCUGAUCGCGACCGGACACUCCGACGCCGCGACUAUCGCCGAAUGGAAAGACGGUUUGAACGAGGUCUGGCAAGAUCUAUUGGAACUGAUCGAGACUCGCACGCAGAUGUUGCAGGCUAGCCGGGAAUUGCACAAGUUCUUCCAUGACUGCAAGGACGUGCUCGGAAGAAUUUUGGAGAAACAGAACGCGAUGUCGGACGAGUUGGGUCGCGACGCUGGUUCGGUCUCUGCUCUGCAACGGAAACACGGUAAUUUCAUGCAGGACCUGUCGACGCUCGACUCUCAGGUAAAGAUGAUCCAAGAGGAAUCGGCCAAGUUGCAAGCCAGUUACGCCGGCGACAAGGCUAGAGAGAUAACGAACCGUGAAGGGGAAGUGGUCGCCGCUUGGAACAACCUCAAGUCGCUGUGCGAGGCCAGGAAAAUGAAACUGGAGGAUACCGGAGACUUGUUCCGGUUCUUCAACAUGGUCAGAACUCUGAUGAUCUGGAUGGACGACGUGGUUCGUCAGAUGAACACUUCGGAGAAGCCUCGCGACGUCGCCGGAGUGGAAUUGUUGAUGAACAAUCAUCAGAGUUUGAAGGCCGAGAUAGACGCCAGGGAGGACAAUCUGAUGGCGUGUAUCAAUCUUGGAAAGGAUCUACUGGCUAGGAACCAUUACGCCAGCAGCCAGAUCAAGGAGAAAUUGGCAACGCUUACCGAUCACAGGAACGCGUUACUGCACAGAUGGGAGGAACGUUGGGAGAAUUUGCAAUUGAUUUUGGAAGUAUACCAGUUCGCUAGAGACGCAGCGGUUGCCGAGGCCUGGUUAAUCGCUCAGGAGCCAUAUCUCAUGAGCCAAGAAUUAGGCCAUACGAUCGACGAGGUGGAGAACUUGAUCAAGAAGCACGAAGCCUUCGAGAAAUCGGCAGCCGCGCAGGAGGAAAGGUUCAGUGCCUUGCAUCGACUAACUACGUUCGAAUUGAAAGAAAUGAAGAGGAGGGAACAAGAGAGAGAAGAAGAGGAAAGACGUAAGAAAGAGGAGGCGGCGGCGGCAGCCGAGGCGGCUCGAUUAGCCAAGGCAACUCCGGUAACUAGUCCAGACGAACCACCCAGCGAGAGAGCCGAAGCGGACGGUGUGACUAGCGGUGAACGCCCUGCCGGGGAAGACGAGUCAGCUGUGGCACAUCGCAAGGCUUCUACACGUACAUCACAGCCGCAAGUUAAACCCAAGGAAGUGCAUGCUCAGAAACCUGCACGUCUGUCGACCCGAGGAGAGGCAACACCAUCCGCUACCCCCACAAGAUCUCCGCAAGCUCUAACAAGUCCGACAAGUAAGGAUCACACUGUUUUGUUUCACCAGUACGCGAGAUCUCCAAAAAACAAAACACAUACGAGAUCCUCGAUACAUAAGUAUUUGAUAUAUUUUUAAAUUAUAUAUAAAAAUACGGUAGAGAAAUACUAGUUGUACAAACGUAAAUGUACUUGUUCAGACGACGGUCACUCCGUGAUCACGUGCGAAAGUAGCUCUGUCCGGUCUCGCCCAAUUUCUCGCGUGGACCAGCCGGACAGGUGCUUCCGAAUUCGUCGACGAAUUUGCAAGCCUCCAAAAUUCUUAACGUCUCGUCGACGGAACGGGAUAAAGAUAUCUCGCUGAUCGCGACGUGUCGAAUUAUCUGAUCCUUGUCGAUGACGAACAGCCCCUUCAAGCAAAUGCCCUCCUUCCGAUCGAGCACUCCGUACGUUUUCGAUAUCUGGUGGUUCUUGUCGGAUAAAACGGCCAUUUUCAUGUCACCCAGACCGCCCUGCUUCCGGGGUGUGACGAUCCACGCUAGAUGAGCGUACUGAGAGUCCGUGGAAAUCGCCACUAUCUCGCAGCCUGGUUUUAAAUAGAGCCAAUGUUGUACUAUUUCUGUGCGCGCGUGUACUUUAACGUCGACGUGAGAUCCUAGGAUUCGGUGGGGAAGGGUGUAUGUGUGAUACCUAAAUUCUGGAACUCCUCUACGCGAUCGUUGAACUGUAUCAUUUCCGUGGGACAGACGAAAGUGAAAUCGUAUGGGUAAAAGAGCAGAAUCAGAUAUUUCCCGUCGUAAUCUUUCAACGAUAUAUCUUGCAUAUUCGUAUCAAUUAUCCCGACGCCUUUCCAGGCCGGUGCUUUCGUCGAGAUCGCGGGUACCGCGUGUACUUCCGGUUCGCGAGGUCUCUGCGGUUGCUCGCCGCAACCGCUGCAGAAAUCGCUGUGCUCUAUUUUACUGCUUCGUAGAAACGGAUCGAAAAUCGUCGUCAUCUCGUCUAUCGGUUAUAUCGGAUAUAACAGUUUCUACGCGAAAACGCGAACGUCGUCGUCUCGGUUAUUAACGAAAACAAAAAAGAAGUUCGAGCGAUCGAAAUGCUCGGUAACAAUCUUCUCGUCGUCGUCUUCGUCGUCGUCGUCGUCGUCGUCGUCGUCGUUGAGCUGAGCAAUUUCAGGAAUUUCGCAUGAGCAUGUCCUCCUCGUACACAGAUCCCCACUGUCCGCUGUCUGAUCACGUAGUAGUAUUCCCGAACAAGGAUUUGGUUUAUCUCUCUGCUCUAUUCCGAUUCGAAGCGAUAAGCUAGACUAUCGAUUGGAUAAUGUGUAAGUAGCUAAUAAUUGCGCGUGUGUUGCGUGUGUCGUUU